CAAUCAAAUUGUCGUUUCUAUAGUUACUUUCGCAUAUUAGUACACUUUUUCUCAAUGAAAAAUAGUCAAACAUCCAGAUAAAAAUACUCAAUUCAUUGAUCUGAACCAAGGAGCUACAAGUGUGCAUAACGUUACUGUGAACUUGUUUCGUUGUUCAAGAUGACCGACAGAAAAGCAGUUGUUAAGAAUGCAGACAUGUCUGAAGACAUGCAGCAAGAUGCUAUUGAAUGUGCUACCCAGGCCAUGGAAAAAUUUAACAUCGAAAAAGAUAUUGCAGCAUACAUUAAAAAAGAAUUCGAUAAGAAAUAUAACCCCACAUGGCAUUGCAUAGUUGGCAGAAAUUUUGGAUCAUAUGUUACUCAUGAAACAAAACAUUUCAUUUAUUUUUACAUGGGACAAGUCGCUCUUCUGUUGUUUAAAUCGGGUUAGGUUUAGAUUGUAGCUAGCUAUGUCAAGAUGAUUAACUCUAAAAUAUCUUCGGUUCUUUACA